GCUUAUAAGCAUGUUGAUUAUGUAUGUUGUAUUCAUUCAUCUGAAUUCAAUAAAACACAAAUGAUGAAAAAAUAUCUGAGAUUUAUAGCCAUUAUCGGCGUUCUUGCCAUGCAUUUGGUUCAAAAUUCAGAAGCUUCUUCUGUUGUAUCAAAAGGAGAUUUCGAUAAGGACUUCAUCGUGACGUGGUCUCCUAGCCAUGUAAACACUUCUGCAGAUGGCUUAUUGAGAAGCUUAAAGCUGGACAAUGAGUCAGGCUCAGGCUUUGCCUCCAAUGAUACUUUCCUAUUUGGUCAGUUUAACAUGCAAAUUAAGCUGAUAGAAGGUGACUCAGCUGGCACAGUGGUGGCCUUCUACCUCCAAUCUAAUCAAACCAAUGGUGAUAAUGAGAUGGACUUUGAAUUCCUUGGAAAUGUCAUUGGACAGCCAUAUAUACUCCAAACCAAUGUUAUUAUUGAUGGGAAUGCAAAUAGGGAAGAGAGAAUUCAUCUGUGGUUUGAUCCAACAAAGGACUUCCAUACCUACUCUAUUUUAUGGAACCUUCACCAAAUUGUAUUCAUGGUGGAUUGGGUUCCUAUCAGAACAUAUAGAAACUACACAGCUAAGGGAGUGUCAUUUCCACAGUGGCAGCCAAUGAGACUUUUAAUCAGCCUAUGGGACGGCGACAACUGGGCAACGAGAGGUGGCCGCGACAAGAUUGACUGGUCAAAGGGUCCAUUCAUAGCCUCAUUCAAGAACUACAAAAUUGAUGCAUGUGUGUGGAAUGGAGAUGCAGAGUCUUGUGGGGAAGACAACUCUACCACUAACUGGUGGCAGAAUGAGAGGUUCAACACUCUAACAGGGACACAGAGGAGGUUAUUCAAGUGGGCUAGGAAGUACCACCUCAUAUAUGAUUAUUGUCAAGACAAUGUUAGAUUCCAAAACAAACUUCCCUUGGAAUGCUAUCUUCCCAAGUAUUGAUCAUUAAAAAAAAAAAAAAUCAUUCUUUCCUCA